AUGAUUAUUUCCUAUCCUUUGUCUACAAUUUUUCAUCUACUAUAUUUCCUUCCUUCUAUAUUCCUUGUUGGUGCAUUCAUGCAUUUACUUUCUACCGUCAUGCAAAAAUUUUUGCCUUCGGUCAUUUUGGUGAUGACAAUAACCACUACCAUGAGACGAAAGACAGGACAGGGACAGGGACAGGGACAGGGACAGGACAGGACAGGACAGGACAAAACGGUCAUCAUUUGUAGAAAGUACUAUCAAAUAUUUUGGGUUAGUGAUGAAUAUGAUAGAAGAGGAGGAGGUGGUGAUGGUGGUGGUGGUGGACAAGGGAAAUGGUUUCAAUGA